GUCCUUUUGUCUGCUUUUCUCCGUUCCUCUUCAACCAUCCUACACGCUCGUUGGUCUUUCGGCAAAGCCACCCAACCGGUCGUCCCGUCCUGGAAGCAGUCAUUGACCGCCUCGUUCGUCCGAUCGGAAGACUUUCGCUGUGCUCGAUUUUCACGGUGUCAAAGGCGCGCUCCAUACCCAAGCGUACUCUUCCGAGUCCUUUAACGAUCAAUUGGCGCUGUUCUUUCAUUGCAUAGCGCUCUCGAUUGCCGUUUCCGCCGGCCAUCAGUCGCACCUCCCAGGAGUCACGCACCAACGCGCCCAGAACGAUGCCUCGAAAGCUCUCGAAUCCCUUCUCAACAUCCACCAUGCCACAUUCCGAGAGGGUAGGCGAGCGACGCCCUUCUCACUCGAAGGGCAACCGUCUUGCAGGUUUUUUCUCCAAGUCAAAAGAGCAAGCAGCGGCCCAUCACGCAGUAGCAUCGCAACCAACGGCGGCAUCACCAAGCCCUCUUCCAACAAUCUCCUUGUCCGCCGCUGCCGGUGAAAAACUCGACACCGAUGAGACCCCCACUACCUUAUUCGAACCUCCCUCUGCCGACGAGGCAAAGAAGCAGGAACGCUUUGAAGCUCAGUUCGCUCCCUUGCUCGACAAGAGCCACCUCUAUGUCAGCGCCCACCAGGGCAAGCCGCUCGAGGCUCCCGUCAUCGAUGAGCCGCCUUACUAUUACGUCCUUACCACAUACCUCAGCUAUCUCCUCUUGAUCUUUUUCGGCCAUGCGCGGGACUUUUUCGGCAAGAGAUUUGGAAACAAGAAGCACUACCAGACACUGAAGGUUCACGAUGGCUACGCCCCACUCAACGACGAUUUUGACAGCUUCUAUGUCAGGAGGCUAAAGCUCCGCAUCGACGACUGCUUCGCAAGGCCCACGACUGGUGUCCCCGGUCGCUACAUCACCCUUAUCGACCGCAAGUCGGACGAUUAUAACCGCUCUUACAAGUUCACGGGCACCUACACGCAGACUCUGAACGUGAGCUCGUACAACUACCUCGGUUUCGCUCAGUCGGAGGGUCCUUGUGCCGACGCCGUCGAGGAAUGCGUCCGCAAGACCGGUCUGAGUUUUGCCAGCCCGCGUGCCGACGCCGGCACCUCGGAAUUGGUGCUGGAGGUCGAGCGUGAGGUGGCCAAGUUUGUCGGCAAGCCUGCGGCUAUGGUGUUUUCAAUGGGUUUCGUGACGAAUGCGGGCUCCUUCCCGGCGCUCGUCUCCAAGGGCUGUCUCAUCCUCUCGGACGAGCUGAACCACGCGUCGAUCCGCAUUGGCGCCCGCCUUUCCGGCGCCGUGAUCCGGUCGUUCAAGCACAACGAUAUGCAGGAUCUGGAGAAGAAGCUGCGCGAGGCCAUCUCCCAGGGCCAGCCGCGUACCCACCGGCCCUGGAAGAAGAUCCUGGUUGCCGUCGAGGGUCUUUACUCUAUGGAAGGGACCAUGGUGGAUCUCCCGGGCGUCCUGGCGCUCAAGAAGAAGUACAAGUUCUUCCUGUACGUCGACGAGGCUCACAGUAUCGGAGCGCUUGGCCCGAGAGGACGUGGUGUCUGCGACUACUUCGGCAUUGACCCGGCUGAGGUCGACAUUCUGAUGGGAACCCUGACCAAGUCUUUUGGUGCCAAUGGCGGCUACGUUGCGGCUGAGAAGCACAUUAUCGACGGGCUCAGGAUGACCAACGCGGCCACCCUUCUGGGUGAAUCCCCAACCCCCCCGGUCUUGAUGCAGAUUCUCACCUCCCUCAAGCUGAUCACGGGCGAGAUUUACCCCGGCCAGGGCGAGGAGCGCUUGCAGCGCCUAGCCUUCAACUCGCGCUAUCUCCGUCUCGGGCUCAAGCGCCUCGGCUUUAUCACUUACGGCCACGACGACUCGCCCAUCAUCCCCAUUGUGCUGUACAACCCGGGCAAGAUGUCGGCUUUCAGCCACGAGAUGCUCAAGCGCAAGAUUUCGGUCGUCAUUGUCGGCUACCCGGCCACGCCGCUCAUCAGCUCGCGCGCCCGUUUCUGCAUCUCGUCUGCUCACAACAAGGAGGAUAUGGAUCGCAUCCUGGCCGCCUGCGACGAGGUUGGCGACAUCCUGCAGCUCAAGUACUCGACCGGUAUUGCCGGUGGCCUCGAGCCGCUGCCCGACGGCGUCACGCCCGAGACGGAGCAGGAGUGGCGCCGCGCGAAUGGCUUCGUGGGCGUCAUCAAGCCGCCGAGGUGGAAGCUGGAGGAUGUUCUUGCCCGUGGCGUGGAGGACGCCAAGAAGCCGCUUCGUUAAAGAUAAUUCACUAGCUUCAGAGAGCUGGGUGUAUAUAACCGAAUCGGGCGUUGUUCUGGAGAAGCGAUGCACGUGGUGGAGCAUCUCGCUCUGUAUAGAUCUCUAGAGGUCCUCUGUUCACGUUUGAAUAACUCGGCGGAGUGACUCGGAGUCGCCGGGAUGGUAAUGUUUAGGAUCUAGGCAGAAUACUUGACGGUGUUUUGUCUGCUUUCGUCUUGGGAGAGAGGAGUUAGGUUACGGCAAGCGAAGACCCGAAUAUGUCGUGCCGGAUGAUGCUGCAGGAAGUCGAUGGGCUCAUAAUGUAUUUUUGAUGGGUCACGUACCUUUAGUAUGAGGAAUUGAAGGAUGGGCGGAGUUAGCGGGAGCAGGACAGGACCAGCGGCGUCUAGGAGGGAAGAGCAUGUCAGGGGCCCAAUGCUGGAAGGAAUUAAUGAGGAUACUUACGCAAUAGAACACGACACCUUUAUGUGAGGAGCUUCACACUUUUUGG